ACCCGCCUCAGUUGCAUAAAAAGAUUCAGAAUGAAGAUAUAAAGAGAAUCCUUAUGAUUCCUUAAAACCCUAAACCCUUGACGCUCAGCCGGACAACUUUGCCCAUGGGUUCCCCGACAGAGAGCGAGAGCAUGGAUACCGAGAGCAUAUCGACACAAGGGGAGAGCAUUGAUUCUCCUAAAAUAGCAAAGAUUUCAGUAUGGGAUUUGCCGGACGUGCCGCAGGGGAAGUUGCCCCCACACCUCGAGCUCCAGAGGACUCGCGUUAUGUGUGAUUUUUUAGCUCCCACUAAUACCCAGAAUAUACAAUACUCAGGUGCCUAUGCUUCUAUGGGUGUCGAUAACAGCGUGCAGUUCGAGCAAUUCCGCAACAAUUUCAAAGUGGAAGUUGUGAGACUUGAUGACGACGAAUUGGAGUUUGACAUGAUUGGUAUUGAUCCUUCCCUUGCCAACGCCUUUCGUAGAAUUCUCAUUGCUGAGGUCCCAACUGUGGCUAUUGAAAAAGUUCUUAUUGCAAACAAUACAUCCAUUAUCCAAGAUGAAGUGCUCGCUCACAGACUUGGUCUCAUUCCAAUUAAGGUCGAUCCAAGGCUGUUUGAGUAUAUGUCAGAAAAUGAUGUGCCUAAUGAAAAGAAUACAAUUGUUUUCAAACUCCAUGCUCAUUGUGAAAAAGGUGGCGAUCGACUUAGAGUCUUGUCCAGUGAGCUAAAGUGGUUACCCAAUGGCAGUGAAUUCAUACUGGGAACGGAAAGUCAAGCAUCAAAUUCGUCUGCGAAACCAAAAACUUAUACUUCAUUCAGCUGUAGUCAGGAUUCUCUACCAGAAUUCUCGAAUGGCCCAAUUGCCCCGAGAGAUGCAGAUAUCAUUAUAGCUAAACUUGGACCUGGUCAGGAGAUCGAGCUAGAAGCUCAUGCUGUUAAAGGCAUGGGUAAGACACAUGCAAAGUGGUCUCCUGUGGCUACGGCUUGGUACAGGAUGCUCCCUGAGGUUGUAUUAUUGCGAGAUAUUGAAGAUGAUGAAGCAGAAGAACUUGUGAAGAAAUGUCCGGUUAAGGUGUUCGAUAUUGAAGAUAUUGGUAAAGGUAAAAAAAGGGCAACUGUUGCACGACCGAGGGCUUGCACCCUUUGCAGGGAAUGCAUCAGAGAGGAAGGUUGGGAUAAGAAUGUAGCAGUGAGACGUGUAAAGGACCAUUUCAUCUUUACUAUAGAGUCAACUGGAGCAUUGCCACCUGAGGUGCUGUUUACUGAAGCUGUGAAGAUUUUGGAAGAAAAAUGUGAACGGGUGAUAACAGAGCUGUCAUGAUCAGUUCUGAAGGACUUUUGGGUAUGUCAUCCUUCCCAGAGAGCUUGGUUUCUUAUGUAGUAGUAGUUAGCAUGAUGGUGUAAUUUUUUUUUCCUACAUUCAUAUUCUGAUUUUUAUGUUUGCCUAUUGUCUUGGGGAACAUAUGGACGGGAAUGGGAAAAGUGGGUGAUGCUUGUAUUCCUGACUGUUGUCUUCGGAACCAUUUUAAAGAGGAUAAGAUGAAGACUAACAGUUUGUAGUUAAUUUUUGCUCCUUGGAAGUGAAAUGGAAAAGAAGAAAGGUAUUGAAGGCUUUUCCAUA